CAAUAAUGAAGAUGCCGGUCAAUUUUGUCCAUAAUGACGAGAUCUGGAAAGAUCACGUUCAUCAUGAAACGUUUUCCCAGCUAAGAGUAUGGCCUGACAGGUGGGGUUACCUUGUGCGCGAAUACGAAUCGCUGAAUUUAAUAUUAGAAGGAAAGGAACCUCUUCCACCAAUGCCACCUACUAAGUUUGAAGAUCGCGGAAAAAUCAAAUUUCCUCCAAUAGUUCAAAGCCAUAUUCCUACACGACCUAAAGAUUUUCCACGAAGCACAGCUCAGUUGAUUGGCUGGAGAGUCAAGUCUGAUAAUGUCGUUUAUGAUAUGAAUAAGAAAUGUAAUACCAAAACAAAAGGCAAAUCAGGGAUGCUGCGUGUUUUUAAUUGGCCAAGGGAGGCUGCAGCAUAAUUCAUUCAAAGACACCUUUGAAAUUUCCAUCAAGCUAAACAUUGUUAUCUCCCUUUAAUGCUGAUGAUAAUGCAAUAAAAAUCUGUUUGCUGA